AUGCGCAAUCUCGCCCUCACAUCCGCGCAUCUAACCUCCCUCCCAUCCCCAUCAACCUCUCGCCUGAGCACCUCCUCGAUCGACACCGACUCAUCCUGCCUCUGGCUCGCGACCGAGCGAUCUAUCUCACCCGACGAAGUCGAGCUGACGAUAUGGCGCCAAUCCACGCUCGACGAGGAUGACCUGGACGGAAACGGCGCGCCGCUGGAGCAGAUCGGCUGCUUGACCACUGCUAAAGCGGAAGGAGAGGGGAGCCAGGUCGUAUCUCUGCACGCGCUGCCGGACGUCCGGACGCUGGUGCUCGUCGCAAGAGCAGGGGACAUCGCGACGCUGAACACGGACGAUCUCGGCGAACCCAUCCAAACCGUCGGAACCCUCGACGGCGGCGUCCUCUCCGCCUCCUGGUCGCCCGACGACUCUUCGCUCGCCCUCAUCACCGGCGAACACAAGCUGCUCCUCCUCUCUCCCACGCUCGACGUGCUAUCAGAGGCGCCGCUGCAUAGUUCGCAGUUCGGGGAGAACGCGCCGAUCAAUGUCGGGUGGGGAUCAAAGAGCACGCAGUUCCACGGCUCGGCGGGCAAGGCGGCGGCUAAGGCGUCGACGCGCGAGGAGGAGGUCGGCGCGGCGCCGGACGAUGAUGGUGCUCCGCGGAUAUCGUGGAGGCCGGAUGGCGUGCUGUUCGUUGUAUCGGCAUUGUCGCCUCCGUCGGACGGUGCAUUGAGGAGGAGAGUGCUGAGGAUAUACUCGCGCACGGGGACACUCGAGUCUACGAGUGAGGCUGUACCGGGACUCGAAGGCGCACUAGCAACUGGAAACGGAAACGCGUACAUUGUCAGUACGCAGCGCUUCGGCGGCUUCUCUGGAGCAGGCCGCGGACCAGAGGGCCGACACGACGUCGUAUUUUUCGAGCGGAACGGGCUGCGGCACGGAGAGUUCCGUCUUCGCGAGCCGAAAGGAUCGAAGUACAGGGUCAAAGGGCUGAAAUGGAGCGCGGAUGGGAACGUGCUGGCUGUGUGGAUCGAAGGGCAGGAUGAGGAGAAGGAUAGAGUGCAGCUGUGGACGAGCGGGAAUUGGCAUUGGUAUUUCAAGUGCGAGAUUAGGCCGCCGAAGGGCGCGAGGAGGUUUGUGGAUGUUGGGUGGCAUCCUGAGCAGCCGCUUGAGCUUGUGCUCUCUACUUCAGAUGCCGUACUUCGCCAAAACUUGGCCUGGGAGACUGUCCGUUCACGCACAAUUGCACCGGACGAUACGGGUACAGUCGCAGUUCUCGACGGCACCGACAUCCUCCUAACGCCCUUCCGCACCUCCAACGCCCCACCGCCCAUGUGCGCCCACCGCCUCACCCUCCCUCGACCUUCCCCACCCGCACACAUAUCUCUUUCUCCCUCCUUCGACGCGCUCGCGGCGCUAUGGGCCGACGGAUCGGUGAUGGUGUACGAGCUGAACACGAGGCUCGAGCCGGCGAAGGGCGAGGUGCCCGCUAUGAUCCCGGUGCUGGCCUUUGAGGGCAGGAUCGGCGAGACGGAUGGAAGUGUGAGAUGGCGCGAGGUAUCGUUCACGAAAGGAAAGAAGGUAGCGGUCAUCGGGAUGCGGGACGACGAUGGGAAGGAAGUGUUGAGCGCACUCGAGGCGCAAACGCGUGUUGUUGAGCUCGAAGGGACUGGAUGGGCCUUCGUCAGAAGCAACGGAGAGAGCGAGGCGGUCGAAGUGCACAGCGAGGGCAAGAUCGUACGCGUGCUCGACGGCAUCACCCAAACACCCAUCGCAGACCUUGGCCGCGCAUGCUCAUCCAUCGAACGGUCCGGCGGGCUCUACGUCGGUUUAUCCGGUACCACGCUCCUUGCUUCCUCUUCAUCCGCAUCCGCAUCCAGCACCCACACCGAACAAGACGCCUCUACACGAAAGAAGAGUUCGACGCUCGCGACAAACGCGACGUCCUUCGCACUUACACCUCAAUUUGUGAUAUGGUCGACCGCGGCGCACGAGGCGCAUUUCAUCAGUCCUGAGGACGUGUUGGACACGCUCAACACCGGAUCCGAGCUCAAAACCGGCUCUACUCCCGAGCUGAAGACCGAAAAACGCCGCAUAGAGCGCGGCGCACGUAUCGUGGUGCCCGUGCCGAGCACCACGGCGCUCGUGCUGCAGAUGCCGCGGGGCAAUCUCGAGACUGUACAUCCGAGACCGAUGGUGGGCGCGCGAGUCAGGGUGGAUGUCGCACGUGGAUCAUGGCAGUCUGCGUUCCUCGCAUGCCGCAAACAUCGCAUGGACCUCGCGCUGCUUGCCACGGAUAACUUCGGGAACGCCGUAACCGAGUUCGUGGCGCAGAUCGCGGACACGGAUCACUUCAACCUUUUCCUCACCGCGCUCGGACAGAGCGCGCUCCCGGCUGAGCGUGUGGGCGUGCUGUGCGACGCCCUCCGCGCCGAGCUCGAGCGCGUCGAUCUGCGGAAGUACGUCAAUGCCGUUCUCACGGCGCAUGUUGUUAAGCGCCCGCCGGAUAUGGAGGGCGCGCUUGGUGUGCUGCUCGCUUUGCGCGAAAGCGAGCCGGCGCUGGUCGAGGACGCGGUGAAAUACGUGAUUUUCCUUGUUGAUGCGAACACGCUGUUCGACGUCGCGCUGGGCAUGUAUGAUUUCGCGCUGGUCCUUCUCAUAGCGCAGUACGCGCAGAAGGACCCGCGCGAAUACCUCCCCUUCCUCCGCGCCCUCCGCGCCCUCCCGCCCGCCUACCAAAAAUUCAAAAUCGACGACCACCUCCGGCGCCCCCAAUCAGCUCUCCGCAACCUCCGACAAGCCGGCCCAGAGCAUUUCUCCGAGGCGCUCAAGUACGUCGCCGACCACGGGCUGUACAAAGACGCCUUAAACCUCUGGAAAGACGAUGCGGAGCGAUACCCGGCUGUGCUGAGUCUCUGGGGCGACGAUCUUUUCGAGCGGAGGGAGUUCGGGCAGGCGGCGGUGGUGUACGUGGAGAGCGGGGAGGUGCGGAAGGCACGGGCGGCGUAUGAGCGCGCGUUGUGCUGGCGCGAGCUGUUCGCGCUCGGCGGGCUUUCUGAAGCCGAAACGAUCGAGACUGCGCAUCGUGUUGCUGAAGAGCUGCAAGCUAAGAAAAGGGCGCUGGAGGCGGGCGCUGUGUUGCUGGACUACGCGCGCGAUGUGCGGGGCGCGGUGGGGGCUUUGGCGAGUGGGAACGAGUUCAGCGAGGCGCGGCGCGUCGCUAUACUGCAUUCGAAGCCGGAGUUGGUUGAGGAGAUCGUGCACCCCGCGACACUCGACGCGCGCGCGCAGAUCGGGGAGGAUAUCGCGGAGGCGCGCGCGCAGCUCGACAAGCAGUCGAGUCGGCUGGCCGAGCUGAGGCGGGAGAAGGCCGAGCUUGCGCCCGGCGCGUUUUACGGGGCCGACGCGGACGACCCUGCACUGGCGGACGUGGACGUUAUGACGGACGCGUCGGCCUUUACGGCGUUCACGCGGUACACCGUCGCGCCCAGCGCUGCGAGUUCGAAGGCUACUAGUAAGCGGAGCAGCAGGAGUAAGAGGAAGAUGGAGAGGAAGGUGGGGAGCGGAAGGAGGGGCACGGUGGACGAGGAGGAGUAUUUGCUUAAUAGCGUUGUUAAGCUCAGCAACAGAGUCGAAGUCAUGCAAGAAGAGGUUGCCGCGGUCGUACCGCACUUGUUGGCGUUUACGGCUUUGCAUCGCGCGGAGGCGAGGACGUUGACGGGCGAGAUGGAGGGGUUGGUUGGGAGGUUGGAAGAGGCGAUCAAAGAGGCAUGGCCGGAGGGUGGGGAGGAGGGGGAGUCUAAGGAAGGGGAGGGAGAGGGCGGGUGGAAGAGGAGAAUGGAGGAGUAUGUGAGGGAUCGGGAGAGGGCUGUGAAGAGUAUCAAGCGGCCGGAGGUCGGGAGGGGGGAGUGGAGGGUUAGGUUGGUUGACUUUGUUGAGGGAGAGUGA